GCGAAAAAUAUACUGUACAAGAGAGAGUAUGCAUUUGUUUUCCUUUUCGUACACGAACUUGCAGUGACGAAAAGAUACACAACGAAACGAAAACAUUAACAUCGUCAUUUGUGGAAAGUCAAAGCAGUGUCUGUAAGUUGCAGCUGAUAUUAUUAAGAGUUUUCAAGUAAAACAAUAACGAAAUGACUGGACGCGGAAAAGGUGGUAAAGGUUUAGGAAAAGGAGGCGCAAAACGCCAUCGUAAAGUGCUACGUGAUAACAUCCAAGGUAUCACCAAACCAGCCAUUCGCCGUUUGGCUCGCCGUGGUGGUGUAAAACGUAUUUCUGGAUUGAUUUAUGAAGAAACGCGUGGUGUAUUGAAGGUGUUUUUGGAAAACGUAAUUCGUGAUGCUGUCACCUACACCGAACACGCCAAGCGUAAAACGGUAACCGCUAUGGAUGUUGUAUACGCCUUGAAACGUCAAGGUCGCACCCUGUACGGUUUUGGCGGUUAAAUAUAAGUGCAUGCACUAAAAUAUCCUAAUGGUUACCAAUUCCCAACAAUGAAAUAAUAACUAUAAACUAUAAAUGAUAAAA